AGCAUGACCACUGCCUGUCCGUGAAGCACACCUCCACCAGAACGAACCACCUCUCUCUCUCUCUCCGACGGACGAUGCUCCGUUGUUGCAGAGAGUAAUGGAUUCUACAACGAUUUCUUCGGGAUGGGGCUCUGUGACUUUGGGAGAGAGAAUCUGCGGCGUAUUCAUACCGCUGAUAGCAAUAAUCGAAGCUUUGAUGUCCGCCAUAGUCGGCUGUUUCGAGCGCCGCGGCCAUCCCGAGAAAUCCCGGUACGGAUUCACGAAGCUCGCUCGGCUUGCCGACGAAUCUCGAUUCACUAUUAACGAGCUGGAGGCCUUGUAUGAGCUGUUUAAGAAGUUGAGCAGUUCCAUUAUCGACGAUGAUCUAAUUCACAAGGAAGAGUUUCAAUUAGCGCUGUUCAAAACAUCAAAUGUCGAGAGUCUUUUCUUGGACCGGGUUUUUGAUCUUUUUGAUGAAAAGAAAAAUGGUGUCAUUGAAUUUGAGGAAUUUGUCCAUGCACUAAGUGUCUUUCAUCCUUGCACACCAAUGGAAGACAAAAUAGACUUUGCAUUUAGGCUGUAUGAUCUGGGACAAACUGGCUUUAUUGAGCGAGAAGAAGUUAAGCAAAUGGUAAAUGCCAUUUUGAUGGAAUCAAACACAAAGUUGUCAGACGAGCUACUUGAGGCUAUCAUUGACAAGACAUUUGCCGAAGCUGAUUUCGACAAAGAUGGUAAAAUCAGUAGAGAAGAAUGGAAAAAUUUGGUUAUUCGUAAGCCAGCUCUCUUAAAGAACAUGACUCUUCCUUACCUCAAGGACAUUACAACAAUAUUUCCAAGUUUUGUGUUCAACACUGAGGUUGAAGAAUCUGAAUCCGAGACUUCUGUCAAAAAGUAAAUCAUUUAAUGGCAUUCGAAAGCUUCAGCUGCACCCGUGCUGCAUUUGGCUGCUGCUGUUAGUGCAUUUUGAUUUAUGUCAGGAACGCUUCCUGCAACAGUGUUGGAGAUGGUGAAGGUGUUGAACUGUUUUUAAAUGCAAGCAUGGUCCAAAUGGAAGCAUCACUCAACGCCUUCUCAGGAAAUGGACCGAAAGCACAAAGCAUCUUAUUCUUUUACCUUCAUUCUUCGUUAUGGUCCAUCGAGAGGCUUACUGAGCUGGGGAUGCAUUGAAGAGAGAGAGAGAGAGAGAGAGAGAGAGAGAGAGAGAGAGAGUAGCUCACUUGUCAUCCUAAAUUUCUUCCCAUCAAUUUUUAUUGUUUGAACUUUGGGGUAUUCACGUUCUAAAAUUUGAUGCUAGGUGUUAGGGAGUGACAAUGUAAUGGGGAAAAGGGGAAGAGAGAUACUGCUAUAAUUGUAUUCUUCAGGAAUUUAGAAUGAAUAUAUUAUUAUUUGUGUUAAUGAUUGUAUGAUUAUUUUCUUGGAUUUGAAUAAUACAAGUAGUCAUUUUCAUUA